AAUGGUUGUUCUCUCUGAACUUUCUGAAGGAUGUUCAUCUUCAUCAUCAACACAUGGUCAUAUAUAUGAAGUAUUUUUAAGUUUUAGAGGUAUUGACACUCGUCAUAACUUUAUCACUAACCUUCAUAAGGCCCUCAUGGAUGCCAAAAUCACUACCUUCUUGGACGAUGAAGAGAUUGAAAUCGGGGAAGAUCUGAAACCAGAAUUGGAGAGUGCCAUUAAAGCAUCUAGGGCUUCUAUUAUCGUGUUGUCCAAAAAUUAUGCCACUUCCACUUGGUGUCUUGAUGAACUGGUGUUGAUCCUUGAGCAACGGAGGACAUUCAAUCAUGUUGUUAUUCCCAUAUUUUAUCAUGUUGAGCCCACCCAUGUCAGGAAGCAACAAAGUAGCUUUGGAGAUGCAAUGGAUAAGCAUAGACAGAAGAUGGAGGGUGAGACAAAGGCGGAUAAAAGAAGUAAAUGGGCUCAAAAGAUUGAGCAAUGGAGUAAAUCACUUACAGAAGUUGCAGAUUUAAAAGGGAAAUAUGUAAAUGACAGGCAAGAGAUGCAGUUCAUCGAAGAAAUUGUUAAUGAUAUCUACCGUAUACUGCGUGUACACUUGAGGAGUCCUCUGCCAUUACUUAUUGGGAUGGAGAGUUCCAUUACAUUCAUCACCUCAUGGUUGAAAGAUGCAUCUUCACAUACAACAGACAUACUCACAAUUUUGGGUAUGGGUGGUAUCGGGAAGACAUCUUUAGCCAAAUUUGUCUAUGGAUUGGAUUGUCGUGAUUUCAAGACUAGCAGCUAUAUUGGAAAUAUUAGUAGCAGAUGUGAUGAAAAUUUUAGUGGGUUGCUUGAUCUACAAAAACAGCUAUGUGAUGACAUUUCAAAAACAAGUCCGAUUCCAGCUGAUGAUGUUUCUAUAUACACUUCAAAGAUAGAGAAUGUUGUGGCUCGUAAAAAGGUUUUUCUAGUUCUUGAUGACAUUGAUAGUGUCAACCAAUUGGAUGCAUUGCUUGGAAGCAAGGGUUUUUAUCCGGGGAGCAAAAUUAUAAUAACAACAAAGGAUGCAUGGUUGACAGAGAGCUGUGCACUUUUUAAAAUGAAUGUUAAACCCAACCAUGUAAAGCACUUGCUUCAAGGCUUACAUGUGUCUACAUCACGAAAACUUCUGUGUUUACAUGCAUUCACAACCAACCAGCCCGAGGCAGGUUAUGAAGAAGUCUUAGAAAAGUUUGUGGAGUAUUGUGAAGGGCAUCCAUUAGCUCUUGAAGUUUUGGGCAAGUCUCUGCAUAAUCGAGAUGUAGCUUAUUGGGAAGAUACCGUAAAAGGGCUAAAGAAGGAAGUUGGUUCCCAUAUAAAUAAUGUCUUGAGGUCAAGCUUUGACUCUUUGCCAUUGGAAAAUGAUAAGGAAUUGUUUAAGCACAUUGCUUGUUUUUUUGUUGGAAGAGAUAAAGAUGAUACUGAAACAAUAUUAAAGGCAUGUGAUAUAAACAUAAUAUCUGGGAUCACGAAUCUCAUUGACAGAUGCCUUUUAAGCAUUGGAUGGCAUAACGAGUUGGUGAUGCAUCAAUUGCUACAAAAGAUGGGAAGAUUCGUGGUAUAUCAAGAAUCACCUCACAAGCCAUGGAAGCGAAGUCGAUUAUGGUGUGAUGAGGAGUCACUCAAAGUGUUGAAACAAAAAAAGGAUAUGAGAAAUCUUCUAGGCCUUGCCUUAGACAUGCGAAGGCUUGAGAAAGCUGAGAAGUUGUGUGCAUCAUUUGAGCUGAAAACAAAUGUAUUGAGUAACAUGGAUAGUCUCAUUCUACUACAACUCAAUUUUGUGCAACUUAGUGGGUCUUAUGCGAAUUUUCCAGAAGAUUUAAAGUGGUUGUGUAUGCAUGGAUCCCCUUUAAAGUCUAUACCUCUCAACUUACCUAUGGAGAAUUUGGUUUCCCUAGACAUGUCAUAUAGCAAUAUUAUUGAAUCAUUUGACAUUUGUUAUAGUAAUCCACAACGAGUUCAGAAGAGGCAAAAGUUGGAUGGAUCAUGCUUAAAAGAUAAAAGGUUGCUUGGAGCAUUAAAGAUUCUUAACCUAAGUUUCUGUGAACAGCUUCAUAGUCUGGGUGGCUUUGACCAACUCCCUGCACUUGAAAGGCUAAUAGUUACAAACUGCAUCAAUUUGGUUGAAGUUUGUGAAUCUAUUGAGCAAUGUGUUGAACUUGUCCUCAUUGAUUUUAGCUACUGCAAAAAGCUUAGAGAACUUCCAAGAAACAUGAGCAUGUUAAAGAAGGUUAAAAUGUUAUUGCUAAAAGGUUGUAAUUUCGGUGAAUCUCAAAUCAAUACUAGGGAUAUGGAUUCAUCAGAAAAGCUAAAGACUACUAGCCUUAGCAUAAACACAAUAACCACUUUCUCUGUAGUUCAGCAGGCCAUACCAAGUGAUUUGAAGUUAUUAACGGUUUCUUUACCGAGAUCUUUAGUAAGCUUAGCACUUCAGAAUAACAAAUUGUCCACAGAAUCCUUUCCCAUCGACUUCAGUUCCCUAUUUAUGUUAGAAGAAUUAUAUUUAGAUGACAAUCCUAUAGUUUCCUUGCCCAGCUGUGUGAGAAGCCUUCCUAGGAUUAAGAUACUUAGCAUGCAAAACUGUGAAAAAUUGAUGUCACUCGAGAACCCUCCACAUACACUUAGAGAGUUGAUGCUUGUUUCUGAUUAUAGGCCUGCACUACGAAAGGUUUUAUUUGAUCAAAAUAUGUCCCCACUCAAGUUUUAUAUAGAGUGGAGAAUGUUUGCCCCAUCAUCAUUUGAAAUUGAAGGUGUGGUAAAAAUCCAACCAAUGGCAAGUGCUGAGAAAAUGUUAUUACGUUGUUUAGGCUGGAUUGAGCUAAACAUUUUUAAGGAAAGACGCUUAAGAACUGAUAGUGUGUCUAGAGGAAUAGAGGAAUCUGAAAUCCAGAUGUAUUACGAAUUUGGAAUAUUCAGCACAAUUUUUGAAGGCAACGAGAUGCCGAAUUGGAUUACGGAAAGAAGCCAAGGGACAUCAAUAUCAUUUACCAUCCCAUCAUCUUCUAAAAAGCUCAUAGGCUUGAAUUUCUGCUUUGUGAAUACGUUGCAAAUUGGAGAAGGUGACUCCAUAUAUACACCAAUGAUAAAAAUUAGUAAUAUAACAAAGAACCUAGUCUGGAUAUACCAGCACUACAUCGACGCUGUUGAUGGAGGGUGUUUGAUGUUUUUAAGCCAUUGGAUGUUUGGGAUGAAUGAGAUGGAAGGUGGUGACCAUGUUGUUAUUACCAUGAGUAAGAAACCAUAUGAUAGAACUAGUCAAGUGGCAAUAGAAUGUGGGGUUAGUUUUGUGUAUGAUGAUGGAAUUACGGAUGAAGAAAAACUUGCUUUGAGUUAUUACAAGUCAUGGAAUCACAUCAUUGGUAGAGAUCUCACUGGAUUUCAGUUAACAACCGGAGAAUACCUCCUAAGCAUGGAACGAUUUAUGAUUCAUGUUGAUGACUUGUUAAUAUGGGAUCGUCACCUCGUUAGAGAUGGUGCCCGAUUUAAAGAUAAGCUAGUGAACUUCAGAGCUUUCCCUUAAAGGAAGUCUAGCGUAUGGAAGAUGGCCCCUAAGUGACUACUUGAAGCUUAGGAUUUACGAUUGUGGUAACAAAUAUGUCAAAAGAUCCUUGAAGCCAUAUCAUAGGUUACAUUGUCUUGAUUUUACUAUGAAAUUAGUGUUUGCUAGCUACCAAAGCCAUUUGGUUCUAAGCCGUCUUCUUUUCAGAUGUGUUUAGGUUUUAUAAUGGCAAUGAAGUUGCUUUUUGUUUUACAGUUUUGUUAUCCCAAAGAAUUGGAUUACAGACAUGCAUGUCUAAAUUUAAUUCAAUACACUACUACAAACAAAAAGGCUUAUAUGACCUGGUUAAAUCAAUUAAAUAACGCAGCAUUGUGAAAAUAACCAUUGGGGCUUACAUCCAAAAUUACACUAUGUUACAAUUAACAACCUACACAAGUAUACAGAAACUAAGCCUUACAACCAAAACACAUAUUCAAUAUAAAGAGUAUGCUCUUAUGAACAAGUUCUAUUGAUGUAGACAUGCUAAAUAACCGAACAUUAUAGUCAUUGAUAUAAAC